UACACUUCAUACCGUGUGCAAAAAUCACCAUGGCUUCCACCCCCACCACCCCUCUUAUUACUCACAAUGACCUUGAACAACGCCCGGAAUCGACCGAGUCUCCACCCGGUCGAUCAUCCAUCGUAAAGAUCCUCACUGGAUUAUUUGUGUCCAUUCUUGUUCUUUCAUCAUUGGCUGCAAUUCCACACCGGAAAACUCACUUGCAGUCCACCACUACCACCACAGUUGAUAUUGAACCAUCGACAAGCAGUCCGAAGGAGGUUGUGGGAGCUGACGAUAGCAUUGAAUGGCAACGAUCUGCUUACCACUUUCAACCCGAUAAAAAUUUCAUUAGUGAUCCUGAUGGUCCACUAUAUUACAAGGGAUGGUACCAUUUAUUCUACCAAUACAAUCCGGAUUCAGCCAUUUGGGGCAACAUAACAUGGGGUCAUGCAGUCUCGAAAGACCUCAUCAAUUGGUUCCACCUCCCUUUAGCCAUGGUUCCGGAUCACUGGUACGACAUCCAAGGUGUCAUGACUGGGUCCGCCACCAUCCUCCCCGAUGGCCAAAUCUUUAUGCUCUAUAGCGGCAACGCCUACGACCUCUCUCAGCUUCAAUGCCUCGCGUACCCCAAAAAUGCUUCUGAUCCCCUUCUUAUCGAAUGGGUCAAAUACGAAGGCAACCCAAUUCUCUUCCCUCCUCCGGGCGUUGGUCUUAAAGACUUUAGGGACCCGUCAUCUCUUUGGAUUGGGCCCGAUGGGAAGUACCGAAUGGUUAUGGGGUCCAAGCACAAUAAUACAAUUGGUUGUGCUUUAAUUUACCACACCACUAAUUUCACCCAUUUUGAAUUGUUGGAUGAGGUGCUCCAUUCGGUUCAGGGUACGGGUAUGUGGGAAUGUGUUGAUCUUUACCCGGUAUCCACGACCGAGACAAACGGGUUGGAUAUGUCGAAUCAUGAGUCGGGUGCUAAGUAUGUGUUGAAGCAAAGUGGGGAUGAGGAUAGACAUGAUUGGUAUGCAAUUGGGACAUAUGACGUGGUUCAUGAUAAAUGGUAUCCGGAUGAUCCGGAAAUGGAUUUGGGUAUCGGGUUGAGAUAUGAUUAUGGAAAGUUUUAUGCCUCGAAGACGUUUUAUGACCCGAGUAAGAAGAGGAGGGUCUUAUGGGGCUAUGUUGGUGAAACGGAUCCUCAAAAAGAUGACCUCGAGAAAGGAUGGGCCAAUAUUUUGAAUGUUCCUAGAACCGUGGUGUUGGACACGAAGACUCAAAGUAACUUGAUUCAAUGGCCGGUCGAGGAAACAGAGACAUUGAGAUCUGAAGAGUGCGAUGAGUUCAAAGAUGUCGAGUUGCGGCCUGGAUCACUUGUCCCGCUUGAUGUAGGCUCAGCCACACAGUUGGACAUAAGUGCCUCAUUCGAGGUUGAUGAAGCUUUGCUUGGUGCAACCUUAGAAGCCGAUGUGUUGUUCAACUGCACCACGAGCGAGGGUUCAACCAUGAGGGGUGUUUUGGGACCGUUUGGGCUUGUGGUUCUUGCAGAUUCGGCACUUUCAGAACAAACUCCUGUUUACUUCUACAUUGCAAAAAACUUGGAUGGCACUUCAAGAACUUAUUUCUGUGCUGAUGAAUCAAGAUCAUCAAAGCUUUUAGAUGUGGGCAAGAUGGUAUAUGGAAGUAGUGUUCCUGUACUCCAUGGUGAAAACUACAACAUGAGGUUAUUGGUGGACCAUUCAAUAGUCGAAAGCUUUGCACAAGGAGGAAGAACGGUGAUUACAUCAAGAGUGUAUCCUACAAUGGCAAUCUAUGAUGCAGCCAAAGUGUUUGUGUUCAACAAUGCAACUGGAAUCACUGUUAAGGCAUCUCUCAAGAUUUGGAAGAUGGGUGGAGCACAACUUAACCCUUUUCCUUUCUAAUUAGUUUAGUUGGCUUCAUUAGUGGGUGACGUUUUGGUGAAUUUGUAAGCUUGUUGUAGUGAGGGUGGCCUUGAUGAUUAUUAUUUCCAUUGUAAAACUUCCAUUUUUUUAAAAAAUAAUUGAUUUAGAAGUUUUCUUUUACA